UUCCGUGCGAAAGCUCAACAAAGUGCACAUACACCGAGGUGAGACCCACCGUGACAGAAGAGCUACACCAGGAGGCUGGCAGAAUUGAAGCAACAAGAACCUUCAGGGUCCAGCUGUACCCCGAGUACUGCCAAGAUCGCAAGUGAGCAUUCCGGCGUUUCGUGGACGGCCGUGCAGACACACCGGAGCUAAGGCCCACUGUGAUUUACGAGCUGCGCGGUGGCGUUGAAGCACGACAGGAUCCAGCUGCAUGCCAAGGCCCACUUCUACCAAAAUGUCGACGGACCGUGCCGCACUGGUCGCUCUAUUCAACGCGACCGGCGGGGCUAAUUGGAAGAAGAACACAAAGUGGAAUACUGACGCACCGCUAGGGCAAUGGUACGGGGUCGAAGUCAACGACGCAGGCCGCGUGGUGAAGUUGAGCCUGAGGUACAACAACCUUAAAGGCCACAUCCCGCGGCAGCUCGGAGAUCUUGGCGCCCUCAUGACCCUCAACCUCGGAGUCAACAAGCUAGAGGGC